GGAGGCUUGAAACCGUUCAGUCGGACAAAGACAGUGAAAAAAAGUCAUGCAGUUCUGCAACGCAGCGCGCGGUGGUUGGUCGGGAAAGUUGUGAGGAAAGUUCGCGUUUUCUUCGUGUUUUUUUAGUAAGUACGGCUCGUAAUAUGUUGUUUAAAGCUUAAAUCGUGUCGUCGUUAAAGUUUUAGUUCAAGUUUAGUGAGUUUUAUACUAGAAUGGAGACCAGUUUGAGCUUGUCCGUCUUCUCCACGUUGCUGCUGCUGCUGUCGUCCUUCCUCCCCCCUGUGUUUGGACAGUAUCAAGGUGACCAUGGCAUUGCUGUUCCUGACCACGGCUUCUGCCAAGCUAUUACCAUUCCACUGUGCACGGAUAUCGCCUACAAUCAAACCAUAAUGCCCAACCUAGUGGGCCACUACAACCAGGACGACGCUGGAUUAGAAGUGCACCAGUUCUAUCCAUUGGUGAAGGUCCAGUGUUCUCCAGAACUUAAGUUCUUUUUGUGCUCCAUGUAUGCACCAGUGUGCACAGUCCUGGAAAAGGCCAUUCCACCUUGUCGGUCCAUUUGCGAGCGGGCCAAGCAGGGCUGCGAGGCGCUCAUGAACAAGUUCGGCUUCCAGUGGCCAGAGAGGCUGAGGUGUGAGAACUUCCCAGUUCUUGGUGAUGGACACAUAUGUGUGGGUCAGAACGACUCAGCACCCACCGCCCCGCCUGCCCACAACAUGCCACUUCCAGGGACGCCGGAAGUGUUCCUGUUCUCCACACCAGACAGGCCCUUCCGCUGCCCACCUGCUCUCAAGGUGCCAUCUUACCUCAACUACAAAUUCCUCGGGGAGUCGGAUUGUGGUGCCCCGUGUGAGUCAUCCAGAACCCACGGGGUCUAUAUGUUCUUCACUGACCAGGAGAUUUCCUUCGCCCGCAUCUGGAUUCUGGUCUGGUCGUGUCUGUGUUGUGCAUCCACACUGUUCACCGUCACCACCUAUUUGGUGGACAUGCAGCGCUUCAAGUACCCCGAGAGGCCUAUCAUCUUCUUGUCUGGCUGCUACACCAUGGUGUCCAUCGCCUAUAUCACAGGCUACUUCGUGGGGGACAAAGUGGUGUGCAAUGAAAACUUUUUCCCUGACAGCUACAAGACUAUUGUGCAGGGCACAAAGAAAGAGGGCUGCACUAUCCUUUUUAUGAUGCUGUACUUCUUCAGCAUGGCCUCUUCAAUCUGGUGGGUCAUCCUUUCACUCACCUGGUUCCUGGCCGCAGGAAUGAAGUGGGGCCACGAGGCCAUCGAAGCCAACUCGCAGUACUUCCACCUGGCUGCCUGGGCCGUGCCAGCUGUUAAGACUAUCAGCAUCUUGGCCAUGGGGCAGAUCGAUGGCGAUGUUCUGAGCGGCGUCUGCUUUGUGGGCCUCAACAAUGUGGAUCCACUGCGGGGCUUCGUCCUGGCACCUCUCUUUAUCUACCUCUUUAUCGGCACAUCCUUCUUGUUAGCUGGGUUCGUAUCGCUUUUUCGGAUACGCACCAUCAUGAAACACGACGGCACCAAGACAGAAAAGCUGGAGCGGCUGAUGGUGCGCAUUGGUGUCUUCUCCGUGCUCUACACAGUGCCGGCCACCAUCGUCAUCGCCUGCUUUUUUUAUGAGCAGGCUUUCCGGGAGCACUGGGAGCGCAGCUGGAUCAGCAAGAGCUGCAAGAGCCUGGCCAUCCCGUGCCCCAUGCAGCCUGGCCCGUACAUGACCCCGGACUUCACCGUCUACAUGAUCAAGUACCUCAUGACCCUCAUCGUGGGGAUCACCUCUGGUUUCUGGAUCUGGUCUGGCAAGACCCUUCAUUCCUGGAGGAAGUUCUACACACGCCUGACCAAUGGACAGCAUGGAGAGACCACUGUGUAGAGGACGCGGAGACCUCUAACAUUCUCUGGACGCACUCACAGCAAGGAAAUGCUAUUUUGAAUUAAUGACUGAAUUCAUUUUCCUUAGCAGCGACAUAAUCUGUGGAACUCACAUGUUUUCACUUAUUGUCAGUAUUCUGAAUUGCCGAAAGCAGUCACUUGUUGGUGUUUUUUUGUUGAAUAUUGUUAAGUAUGUCAUUUCUUAAGACUUUUGCGGAAUGAGGAGAUUACAAGAUCACAUUUUUUUGUUUGUUUGUUUGAUUUUCUGUUGUUUGUUUGUUUUUGUUGUACUCCCAAAAAAAACGGACAAGCUAAGGCAAAAUGAAAACCAAACUUGGAUUUUCCAAAAGAAACAAACGUGGCCAUUUUGGUGCCAUGUGCUGAAACACUCUCUCUCCCCCCUCUCUGCUCUGUCUAUCCCCUCCCUGUUUUCUCUCCUCAACUUACCAGCCAUGAAAAACUCAGGCUUGUACAGCAAGAUGCCAGCUGGGAAUUCAGCAAAAGGAGGGGAGGUGAGCCGUGGGGGUGAAGUAGGAGGAGGAGGCCUUUGAACAUGGACUUCUUUUUUUUUCACAGUAAACUGUGUUAGAUGUGCUUUGAAGCACUGUAAAUACUAUUUGUAAGAAAAUAUAUAUAUUUGAAUAUAAUUAUAUAUUUGUAUUUAAACCA